CGGACUUCGGGGUAGAGGCGUGGACCGGCGUGUGUCAAAAGCUACGGUGACCCUUCCCAGCCCGAGUCCGUGAGCCCCGGGUGGGCGGGCUCCCGGGACUGCGUUCUUGCGGGUCGGGGAUCGGGCGAUGCAGGGGCUCUGCAAGUGUGGCGACCCGGAGCGCAUCCACCAGUGGCCGGAGCGCACAAGUGUUUAAUGCCCUCUGGGGUGUGGAAAGAGAACCAGGCUUUACUGAAGGUCUGAAUUGUUGCCGGUGGAAUGCUGCCUGCUUUUCCAAAGGUGUCUAGCUUUAACCCCACAGCAACCCUAUCUCUGCCUUCACCCAAGGGUUACAGAAAAUGACCAAGUCCCAGAGACCAGUAACUUUCAAGGACGUGGCUGUGGAUUUCACCCAGGAGGAGUGGCAGUAUCUGGACCCUCCCCAGAUGGAUCUGUACUGGGAUGUGAUGCUGGAGAACUGUAUCAACCUCAUCUCAGUGGGAUAUAAAACCACCAAGCCUGCUCUGAUCUACAAAUUGGAACAAGGAGAAGAACCAUGGAUGGUGGAGAGAGAAAUCUCAAGUUGGAGAUACCCAGAAGAAGUCUGGCAAGUUGAUGACCACGUGGAGAGGCACCGAGAGAACCAAGGAACACUUUUCAGGCAUGUUGCAUUCAUUGACCAGAAAACUGUGACGGAGGAAAAGCGUAACAAUUGUAAUGCACUUGAAAAUAGAUGUCAUCUUAGCACAGCCUUUGUUUCUUCAAAACAAAGACUCCAAAGACAUGACCCGUAUGGUAGAAGUUUUAACUAUUUAGACUUAUUUAGUGGUAACAGAAGAUAUGCAAGAAAAAAUGAAUGUAGUGAAUGUGGGAAAGCCUUCUUCCAGAAGUCAGACCUCAUUAUACAUAAGAGAGCUCAUACAGGAGAAAAGCCCUUUGUAUGUACUGAGUGUGGUAAAGGCUUCAGCAAGAAAUCAAAUCUCGUUAUACAUCUGAGAAUCCAUACUCUAGAGAAACCUUAUGAGUGUACUGAAUGUAGAAAAGCUUUCUCCCAUAAGUCACACCUCAUUGAACAUCAGAGAAUUCACACUGGGGAGAAACCCUAUGAGUGUAAUGAGUGUGGGAAAGCCUUUUUCCAAAAAUCACACCUCAAUAUUCACCAGAGGACUCAUACUGGAGAGAAACCCUAUGUGUGUGAUGAAUGUGGGAGAGCCUUCAGCAUGAAGUCACACCUCUUUGUACAUUGGAGAAUACACACAGGAGAGAAACCUUAUGUGUGUACCAGGUGUGAGAGAGCUUUCAGUGAAGUGUCCUGCCUUAUUAGACAUAAGAAAAUCCAUACUGGGGAGAAACCUUAUGAAUGUAAUGUGUGUAAAAAAGCCUUUUCUGAGAAGUCUGACCUCAUUAUACAUCACAGAACUCACACAGAAGAAAAACCCUAUGAAUGCAAUCAAUGUGGGAAAGCCUUCAGACAUAGCUCAGCCCUCUGUCGCCAUAAGAGGACUCAUAAAGAAAAAGUUUCUUAAAAGAGAAACUAAUGUGGGAAUAUCUUCAACUAAAAAUUACAGUGACAGAAAGCCUUCAUUAGAAAUCAAACCUUAUUAUGUAUCAAGAAGUCUUAAGAAGAAGCCUAUUAAUUCAACAAAUUUAGAAAAGUAUGUAGCUAUGUUUCUGUAGAAAUCAUAUUUCAGAUGUGAUGCCAAAGUAUGUCUAGAAGAUAUUACAGAAAGUACACCUCCUUGUUAAAGGAUACAUGCUUACUGUGGACUACAAAGACUUUUGAAAUAUUAAUAAGUGGGCUAGUCAAAACAAAAUUAGAAAAUCAUAUAUGGACAGUCUGCAAAAUAUGAAAGCAUUAUAUUCCAAACUGUUCUACAUUACAUUAUGCACCACAUAACGUAAAUCAUAUAGGUAUUGGAAUUGCUUAUGUGAAGCUAACAAUUACGAACAUAAAAUAAGCAUUAUAUAUGUAGAAUGCCAUUACCAAUUA